AUGGGCCUAAACAUGAGCAGCUGCUGUGUCGACAAUGGAAAUCGAAGCGCAUCUGAUGUGGAUCGUUAUUACUGCUCCGAGGGUUCCGCCGCGCCUCAGCUUUGCCCCCGAGGAACCAUCAGUGGCGAGGACGGCCUGGCCAGCUGUACCACCUGUCCUCAGGGUUUUUACUGCCCAGAAAGCAGUAACGGUUCCGUCUAUGAGUGUCCGGAGGGUCACUACUGUCCAGGUGGGACCUGGUCUAAAUACCUCUACCCAUGUCCAGCUGGGUCCAUCAAUCCUCACACCCGGAUGGCAAAGGCCCAGGACUGCCUACCCUGCCCACCAGGUUUGUUCUGUGGAUCUCCCGGGAUGUCGGUUGCAUCAGGCCAGUGUCUCGCUGGCUAUUACUGCAAUUUUGGGGCUCGCUCACCAACGCCAGCUGAUGGCGGCGUGACAGGUGGCCACUGUCCCCAGGGCCAUUAUUGUCCCCGGGGUUCCUCAGCACCGUUACCGUGUCCCUUAGGACAUUACAGCAACAAAACCAACAACCGUCAAAUCUCUGACUGCCUGCCUUGUUCUCCAGGGUUCUUAUGCACCACCAGAGGGCUCUCUUUCCCUUCUCGCUUGUGUUCUGCAGGCUCUUACUGUCCAAGCCUUAACACAUCAAUACCCUGUCCUCUUGGAAACAUGUGUCCACCUGGAUGUCAUAGACCAGUACCUUGCUUGCCAGGGACAUACCAAAAUAUGCCAGGCCAGGCAGUGUGUGUUACUUGCCCAGCAGGAUUUUACUGUGCUGGCUUUAUGGAUGAUGAUGACAACGGGAAUAUGUCCGCCAUCCACGCUCCCACGCUGUGUCCUAAAGGACACUAUUGCCCACCAGGGUCACAGUCUGGUGUGGGGUUUCCGUGCCCAGCUGGCACCUUCAGCGGGCAGAUGGGCUUAUCCAGCGAGUGGAGCUGUGAGCCCUGUCCUCCUGGGAAGUACUGCGCCUCCUCUGGACUGGCAGCCCCAACUGGACUCUGCUCUCCCGGUUACUUCUGCAUCCACAGGUCAGUCUCCGCCCAGCCGGAGACCGAGACAACAGGGGGGCGCUGCCCCGCAGGGUCCUACUGCCCACAGGGUAGUGGUAACACGGUGCCAUGUCCCACGGGCACUUUCAGCUCCGUAGAAGGGGCCACAUCAGCACAGGACUGUCGGCCUUGUCCUCCCGGCCAUUACUGUGCUAACGCCGGUCUCCUGUCCCCAUCUGGUCCCUGCAAGCCUGGGUUCUAUUGCACAGAGGGGUCCACAACUGACAUGCCCUGGGGCAACAUCACAGGGGACAGCAUGUCUUCAACGCCACUUGCCGCUGAGUCAUCGCCGGGUCAGAACCACGGAGACAUCUGUCCUGCAGGCCAUUAUUGUCCUGAAGGGAGCACAAUGCCAAGGCCUUGUCCCCCAGGUACUUUCCAGGGGAGACCGGGGGCUGAGUCUGAGGCCGACUGCGAAGCUUGCUACCCAGGAUCCUACUGCCCUUCCUGGGCGCAGACAUCUGUGGACCUCCUGUGUCCUGCUGGGUGGUUCUGUCCACUGGGCUCAGUGUCUGGACAUCAGCCAGGAUGUCAAUGCCGGCCUGGCCACUGGUGUCCAUAUGGCAGCGCUGAGCCGUCCAUCUGUGGCGCAGGAGCUUUUCAAUCUUCAUCUGGCCAGUCUGCGUGCAACAUCUGUCCACCAGGUUUUUAUUGUCUGGAGGGUUCAUGGGCGCCAUCUCCCUGUCCCGUGGGCACUGUCAUUCCAUCGUCUGGCAGGAAGUCCCCCGCUGACUGCAUCCCCUGCCCUUCUGGCUCCUUCUGCAACAGCACCGCUCUGACAGAACCCUCCGGACCCUGCAGUCCAGGAUAUUUCUGUUCAUCAGGGUCCCCGGAGUCUUCCCCCGUCUCCCAGCCUCAUGGAGAUAUCUGUCCCGCUGGACACUUCUGUCCUCUGGGUAGCGGAUCACCCAAGCCCUGUCCUGUCGGCAGCUUCCUCCCUGAGCUCGGAGCUCCCUCCUCUUCUAAUUGCCGCCCCUGUCCGCCUGGGAAAUAUUGCGUCAGCCCUGGAGCCUCACAGCCAACAGGUUUGUGUUCUGCAGGGUUCUUUUGUAGCGGAGGUGCAGACAAUCCAACACCACAGGCCAGCCCCUUUUUAUUUAGUUGUCUACAAGAAAUUCUGGACAUUUACCACCAAAACAAAGAGAAUGUGUCCUGGAUGUACAACAUGUCAUGCCUCUACAACUCCUGCAAUGCUGACGGAGACGUCGAAGUGGAUACGCCGUACCAGCAGUCAGACUCCCUCCAUAAUAUUACUCACUCACCACUACGCCUCAGGAGUCCACAUUAUGGGAAAUGUGCCACCUACAGAGGAGACUUAUGUCCCAAGGGUUUUUAUUGCCCUGCGGGUUCUGCUUACCCCCGCCCUUGUGAAACUGGCUCCUGCUGCAACAAAACUGGCCUGGAAGCUCCAUCAGAACCCUGUGCUGCAGGAUACUACUGCCCCAGAGCUUCCCAAGACCCCCAUGCCAACCUCUGCCCUGCGGGGCACUACUGCCCUCUUGGAACACGUCUACCUGUACCAUGUCCUAUCGGGACUUUACAAAGUUCCCGCGGCGGCGUCUCGAGGGAGUCUUGCCAGCCGUGUCCUCCUGGUCACUACUGCCAGCAGACAGGUCUGACUGAGCCCAGCGGCCGGUGUGCACAGGGCUACUACUGUCCUGCGGGACAGAGCUCGGAGACGCCUCAACGACACGUCUGCUCGGUGGGACACUACUGUGAGGAGGGCGGUGUGGAACCAACACCUUGUCCUCCAGGCAGCUACCAGCUCAGACAGGGUCGGGGCAGCUGUGAGACUUGUCCUCCGGGCUUCUUCUGUUUGAAUCAAGGAACGUCUUCCCCACGUCUUUGCGAGAGAGGAUUUUUCUGUCAGAGUGCAUCAUCUUAUCAACGCCCGUGCCCGCCGGGCACCUACGGGAACCUGACAGGCUCGGUUGAAGAGCACCAGUGCUCACCGUGUGAUCCAGGGAUGUUCUGCAGAGGAGCAGGGAGGACUUUUCCCAGCGGUCCGUGUGCUGCAGGGUUUGUUUGUGUUGGGGGAGCUUCUGAACCAUCCCCCACGGACAACCGGACUGGCUUUGUGUGCCCUGCUGGGUUCUUCUGCUCUUCUGGGACUUUUGUACCUCAACCAUGCCUCAAAGGAACAUUCAGUGAGCGAACCGGACUGGUGGAUGAAUCUCAGUGUCGUCGUUGCAGCCCAGGCUUCUACUGCUCAGAGACAGGCCUGUCAGCAGUCUCCGGGCCAUGCCUUGCGGGCUUCUACUGUCUGGAAGGAUCUCAAAGAGCUGCACCAAUAUCAAGUUUAGCCGGAGGAGUAUGUCCGGCCGGCCAUUACUGUGUGCAGGGCAGCAGUGUUCCCGUACCCUGCCCAGCUGGCUCCUUCCGGAACGAUACGGGAGGAAAGGGCAAAGAUGACUGCAAGCCUUGCCUUCCUGGCUUCUACCAGGAUGUAUCCGGUCAGACGGAGUGUAUUCGAUGCCCUGCCGGCUUUUACUGCGAGACCCACAGAUGGAGCUCCACCAGGGGGAGCUUUUCAGGGCUCUCCAGCCCGCUGCCCUGCCCGGCCGGCUUCUUCUGUCCCAGGGAGAGUCCAGCAGACGGUCGUCCGGUUCCUUGCCCCAAAGGCACAUACGGCCCCAGUCAGGGUCUUACCUCCGAAGGUGAGUGCUCAGUGUGCCCCGCAGGUCACUUCUGUGGCUCUGAAGGUUUAGUUGAGCCCUCCGGAAGGUGCAGCGCUGGAUACCUUUGCCUGGCGGCGGCCUCGGUUCCCAACCCCACUGACAACAGCAGCGGGUCUCUCUGCCCUCCGGGGAUAUUCUGCCAACGGGGGCUUAAAGCAGGUGACUGUCGGGCAGGGUUUUAUUGUGGCUGGGGUUCGAGCAGAGUAGAUCAGACCGUGUGUCCAGCUGGUUUCUUCUGCCCUGAUGGAACACCGACACCCAUUCCCUGUCCUGCUGGAACAUUUAUCUCCAGUGCAGGGAGCUCACACCUGAGCGACUGCACAGAGUGCACGGCAGGAUACUUCUGUCCAGUUGAAGGUACCGUGCAGCCCACAUUGUGUCCCGCUGGAUACUACUGCCCCCCAGGAAUGACACAAGGACUAAGCUUCCCCUGCCCAGCUGGUACUGUGCAGAACCAGCUCGGGUCCUCCAGUCCUGAUGCUUGUCUCCCCUGCCCUGCUGGAAUGUUUUGCUCCCAGCCUGGGUUGGCACAACCAUCAGGACCAUGUGAGGCUGGAUAUUUCUGUCCCGCUGGACGGACAGGCUCGAACUCGUCCGAGGAUCAGAGUAAUUCUACCACAAGCAAUCUUUGUCCUUCUGGCUACUAUUGCCCGGCUGGAACGAAAAAUCCAAUUCCGUGCCCUGCAGGCUCUCUAUCCAUCUCCCGAGGUCUAAAGCGAGUCGAGGACUGCCCCCCCUGCCGCCCUGGAAGGUUUUGUGAUAGACCUGCAAGUACAGAGCUCUCUGAUGCUCUCCCGUGUCAUGCCGGCUACGUUUGCCUGGGUGGCAGCCCUAGCCCCGCCCCUUCUGACGGUUCCCAUGGCUACCGGUGCCCUGCCGGCCACAGCUGUCCUGUCGGCUCAGCCGGAGCUCUGCCAUGUGAGCCUGGUACUUACAGCCCGGCCCCUGGGGCAGCUGAGUGCAUCGUAUGCCCUGCAGGAAUGAUGUGUUCCUCCUCCGCCACACUGGAGCCUGCCCUCUGCACACUUGGUCAUUUUUGCCCUGCUGGAACUGCUCUGCCUCAACCUUGCCCUUUAGGGACUUUCAACAACCAGACAGGUGCAUUUUCCCGCUCUGUCUGCACCGCCUGCCCUCCUGGACUCUACUGUAGCACAUAUGGAGCUUCAUCACCACAAGGUUCUUGUUUGCAAGGUUAUUUCUGCCAAGGUGGAGCCGAGGGACCAGCUCCACAAAGCUCAGUGAGCUUCCCCAGGAAUGGGCCUUGCCCUGCAGGUCACUACUGUCCGGCGGGGUGUCUCUCCCCGAUCCCCUGCCCUGUUGGCAGUGUCCGUAACACAACUGGAGGUGUGUCCCUGGAGAGCUGCUCCACUUGUCCUCCAGGUCAAUAUUGCACUGCUGAAGGUCUCGCCACGCCAAGCGGGCCCUGUGCCGCCGGUUUCUACUGCCCCUUUGACUUCUCUUCAACCACUCCAUACGCUUUCAUCUGUUCCAAAGGCCACUACUGCCCACAAGGUUCUGCGCUUGCCCUGCCUUGUCCCACAGGGGAGUACCAGCCAAACCUUGGCUCAGACCGCUGCAUCCCCUGCCAACCUGGCUUCUUCUGCAUGGAGGCCAUCGUGGGAGAGCCUCAACCCUGCCCGCCCCAUUCAUUCUGCCCGGCAGGUACCAUGGUGCCUCAUCCGUGUCCGGAUGGCUCCUACACUGAUCCAAACGUGGGGGGACUACAGGAGGACGGACAGUGUUUGCCAUGUCCCCCAGGGAGGUUCUGCAAAGCUGGCAAGAUACAAGGCACAUGUGCUGCAGGGUAUCUUUGUGUUUCCGGGAGUGCAGACUUCACCCCGCAGGGAUCAAUACCUGACCCUACCCAGUGUCAGUGGGGCAUGCAGUGUGCUGGACCCUGCCCCCCAGGCUUUUACUGUCCUGAAGGCACGGACAAGGCUGUGAUGUGCCCAGAAAACACCAUCAGAAGACACCCAGGUGGUGCCAGUGCGCAGGACUGUUUAGCGUGUCCACCACAACACUGGUGUCCAUCUGGAGAGCCGAGCGCACGUCCGUGCCCUGCUGGUCAUUACUGUGACGGUUUGCCCGGAAGUGACAAUAACGGCUGGACGGGACCCAAACCUUGUCCUGCGUCCACCUAUAGAGCCUCCCCUGGUGCGGGAAGUAAGGACGGCUGCCUUCCCUGCCCUCCCGGAUUCCACUGCAACAGCACAGGUCUUGCAGACUAUGCCAACACCCCGUGCCCACCUGGGUUUUGGUGCAGUGGCUCUGGACGUCCUAUCUUUUGCCCGGCAGGCACUAAGAGGGCCCUUCCUGGUGCUGCCGAUCCCAGUCAGUGUGAGCCUUGUGCUGGGGGGACCUUCUGCCCAGACCCUCAGGCUACCGGCAAGCCCAAUGUGGAGGGGAUACUUUGCAGGGCCUCUUAUGAAUGCCCCAUAGGUUCAGCUUCAGAGAAGCUCUGCAGAGCUGGCUCAUACUGCCCAGCAAAAACCGCCGAGCCUCAAAUCUGUCCGGCAGGCUAUGUUUGCACCGAGGGGUCAAAGUCUCCCAAUCUCCCUGAACAACUCUGUCCGUUUCCCUACUACUGCCCGGCUAAUAGUUCUUCAAUGAAGUCCUGUGAUGGAGGCUUUAAGCCUGUCAACACAAGUGGGCUCAGAAGGUCCAAAAAGGGAUGCUGCAGUAUUUGUGCUGAGGGCACUUAUCGCCCUUAUCUCUCAGCUGUCGUGCAAUGCCUGUCAUGCCCAGAGGGACAUUUCUGCCCGCCAGGCACAGAGGACUACAAACUUAACCCCUGCCCUCAAGGUUAUUUGUGCCCCUCUGGAUCUGCACGACCAAAACCAUGUCCUCCUGGCUCCUUUGGCAACACCACCCAGGCCGAGAAGCUCCAAGACUGUCACCCAUGUCCGGCGGACACCUUCAACCACCUGCCUGGCCAGAAAGCCUGCUUCCCUUGUGGAAGCUCGUCCACGUCUCCACCAGGUUCCACCUCGUGUGCCUGCAUUGGCAAAAACCGAGCCUUUCAACACUCUGAUGGGUCGUGCUUGUGCAGGACGGGCUUCAUCUUUUAUAACGAGCUGGACUUCAAAAUCUCCGCUUCUGACAGCGAACUGGACUGCCAGCCUGAGAUGAACAGGCGGUGUGCUGCAGGCCAGGUCCGUCUCGCAGCAUCCAGAGAGUGUGUAUCGCCUUCCCUUCACUCCUGCAAUGUAACCUGUGGACCACAUGGAGGAACUCUGGAUGUGGAGAUGGGCAUCUGCCACUGUCAGCGAUACGUGUCUGCCGAGGAGCUCUGCGGCACUUCCUGUCGAGCCAAAAUGCCACAGCUUUCGGCCCAGUUCUCCCCGGAUGGACACCUGCUUCUCGCGGUUAAAGGACGAGACGGCGCGGCGUGGGCCGAGACCCUAAUGGACGUCCUAGGACCAGACCCCUAUGAAAGGGAUAUUAGGGAAGUGCAUUUGGUUCAGUUUGACUCUCUGGGAGUGUUUGGUUGGAUUCCCACACGAGGACAGGACGUUAAGAUGUUUCUCUCAGAAUCAAUGGAUGCCUCUGCUGAGACCAACAGAAAGAGGAGAAGCACAGGAGAUCAGGAGAUAGCCUUUCCUCGAAUUCCAAACCCAGUCGCCUGUCUGUCCACCGGUGACAUGCUAAUUUUCCGUCUCAGCAUUAAUCACACAGAUCGCAGUCUCAGCCACUUCCCGGUCUACGACAAAGACCACUUGUUCAACAGUAACCCCAGCUGGGACUUUGGGGUCUUCAGACGUCUGCAGACCCUCGUGAAGCAGUCGAAUCUGAAUAACACCUGGUUCGCACAUGUGUUUUCACAAACAGGAAAAUAUGCGUUCAUGGACAGCGCCGUGCCAGAUUGGAGUCUGGUGGUGGUGGUGAGUGAGGACGGGACAGACUGUGACCCGCUGGCCACUGUCUUCCAGCCCAUGACGCCGGCGCAGCUUGUGAGGUUUGGGGUCGUCAAGCAGCAUCGACUAAACCUCCUACCGGAUUGGGGAGUGAUUGCAGGCCUCCUAAGUCUGCUGUUAGUGGUGGUUGUAGUGGUGACCACCACUGUGGUGGUCCUUUGGCCCAGCAAAGCCAAGCUUGUCUGUAGUCAGUGGAGGACAAAACCAAAGUGGCGCAGCCUUGGUGAGCCCCCUCGUCCCGUGGACUGCAUUUGCACCGGAGACAGCUUUUUUGCAGAUAGCAGAGGUGUAGCCGAGGGUGAGGAGUGCACUCUUUCCAAGGGGGGAAUAGCAUCGGGCUGCUGUGAUUUAGAAGAGUUCAAUGUGAAGACUUUAUACGACAAACUGGAGGAUCAGAACCUGCAUGUGGCCUCACAGCUGGCCCGCCAUCGCCAAGACACGCAGGAGUUUUAUCGGAAUAUCUGCCAACAUGUCGAUGCACUACAGCAUGUCUUUGAGAACAUGGAUGGCAAAAAGCUGAGUCUGCUAAAAGAGCUGCUAGCAUCCCAGAAUGCGACGAGGUACAAUCCAUUCAACACUGAUAAGGAGCUGCAUGAACAAGCUUACGACUCCACAGCAUUAUUGGGAGCUGUUCUCAGGUCAGUGGAGGCUCUGCUGUACAAACUAGAUGGAGGCACCUGGCAGACCCUGGAUCUACACCCUCUUGAUGCCCCGGAACCACAAGUGAGACCCAUCCAAACCUGUGACAGGAGUACUACCAUGGUUUCAUCAAUGGACUUGACCAAAACGGAAGCCCCAAGCCGUUUGCACAGCACGGGUCUUUGUCUCAGCGAUGUGGACUUAUCCACGUUAGUCUGCCUAACCCCGCUCUACAAGACCCUGCAAGACAUCCAGCAAUCCUUGCAGAAUUUCCCUCCAGAUCCUCCAGCCCAACCUCUCCCCGACGGGAUUUGUGAUCCAGCCCAGGAGGAGCUUGAAGUACGGCUUAUUCCAAGCGCCCUCGACAGCCUCUCGCCCAGGCACUCCGCCGUUUUUCUGUUCGGCCGCCGGGUGAUGGAGCUGCUGGCGGAAUGCUCCGCCAUCUUCCCCUCCGUGCUGCUCAUGCCGGCCAAGUCCCUCCCGUUUUGGCGCUGCGACAACAGUCUGCUGAGCCAGUGUUCGGGAGACUUUUAUUUUGACGCCGGACGUCAAGUCCUUUUCCUGUCGGAGGCCAAGCUGGAACACGCGGGGCAUUUUAUCGCCACCAUCCUUCAAUCCAUGGCCUUCAUAGCAUCGUCAGUUUUUAAUCCAGGGAUCCCAGCCCAGAGCUUCACGCGAGCGCUUCAUGAGGCGAUGUCAGCUCUGAGCUUGCAGCUUUUCAACGUGUCUUUCAAGCAGAGCACAGCAGAGGGCACGUUUGGCGAGGAAUUUCUCGACAUGAGAGUUGCCGAAGAAACGCGUUUUCGCGAGCAUCUCCUGGCUGCCAGACUUAAAACAUACAAAUAUUCUAUGUUGGAGCAGCUCAUUGGAAACCUCAACGUAGAUCUAACCGAGGACACCGAGGCGGCAUGUGGGACUCGAGUGGAGGUGGAGGAAGAGAUGGACCGCUUAAACGAGGUCUUCUUGGAGCUCAGCAUGCAGCUGCACAGCAGAGCUCGUAAGGAGGGAGAAGACCAGUUUUUGAGAGCGGCCCGACCAAGCCCGGCUCGUAAUGGAACAAUGCUGCUGGAGCUGAAGAGACAUUACGUAUCGCAGCGCCUCAAUCGUCUCCAAAUCACAUCAGACCGGAUCAGACAGCAGCAAGGCAGCGGCAGCAGGUCCAGCGAUGGGGUGAGAGGCCGCGCGCAUGCACGUAUCACCGCCGCCGCCACCCAGCAGGGCCAGGAAAUGAACGUCCGUGAUACCUCCUGCAGUAGUCCAGUUGGCAGCAGGCAGGGCCAGCAAACAGCAGAGAGUAGAGGUCCUGAUAAGUGUGACCUUGAGAGUGGUAUUUCUGCACAACUAAAUGACUAACACUGUCCAGAACUCAAACUAUGACACCGGGUGCCCAAGAGUCCAGACGUCUUGAAUUGCCGAGUUAAAAAUACACACAUAACAUUAACUCUCAAUAAUAAUAAUAUAUUUUAUUUGUAAAAAGCACUUUACUUUAAGUAAACAACCUCAAAGUGCGACAGUGUAUUAAAAAAAUUAAAUAAAAGUAAAAAGAUAACAGCCUAAUAGCUAUAAUUAGUAUGCAUAUAUCUAAAAAAAAAAGGCUUUUAAAAAAAAAAAGGUUUUUAAGCCUUUUUUAAAAAUCAUCCGCAGUCUGUGGUGCCCUCAGGUGGUCAGGGAGAGCGUUCCACAGACUGGGAGCAUUACAUUAAUAAACAACCUCAAAAUGCUACAGUGUAUUAAAAAAAUAAAGUAAAAAUAAAAAGAUAAUACCAAUAAAAACUAGAACAGCCUAAUAGCUGGAACUAGUAUGCAGAUAUCUUAAAAAAAAAAAAAGGUUUUAAAAAAAUAAGGGUUUUUAAGCCUUUUUUAAAAAUCAUCCACAGUCUGUGGUGCCCUCAGGUGGUCAGGGAGAGCGUUCCACAGACUGGGAGCGGUGGAUGCUUGAUUUUAUACACCCGGCCAAGUGAUUAGGACACUAAACGACUAACACUGUCCAGAGCUCAAACUUUGACACCCUACCGGACUACCGGGUGCCUAAGAGUCCAGACGUGUUGAAUUGCCGAGUUAAAAAUGCACACAUAACAUUAACUCUCAAUAAUAAUAGUAAUAGAUUUUAUUUGUGAAAAGCACUUUACAUUGAGUAAACAACCUCAAAGUGCAACAGUGUAUUAAA